UUUCUUUCUUCAAUGAGCCGUGUCAUCAUUGGUAGUUUGGUACUAGGAAAAAAAUAGAAAUCAUUCCGACGUAAAUAAAACUGAAAGAGUCCUUUUUGUCUGUUCUUCGAUAUCUUCUAUAUAGUCCACACAUUGAAUCUCGUAGCAAAGACACAAUUUAAUUUAGUUCAUAAUUUGACUAAGAUUUUGGUGAUUGACAAACGAUGGCGGACAAAGUGGUUCUGUUGGAUACAUGGGCCAGCAUGUUUGGUAUGAGAGUAAGGAUUGCAUUGGCUGAAAAGGGUGUUGAGUAUGAGUACAAGGAAGAGAAUCUCAUCAGGAACAAGAGUCCUUUGCUUCUGCAGAUGAAUCCAGUUCACAAGAAAAUCCCAGUUCUCAUCCAUAAUGGCAAACCCAUUUGUGAAUCUGGAAUUAUUGUGCAGUACAUAGAUGAGGUUUGGAAGGGCAAAGCUCCAAUCUUACCCUCUGACCCAUAUGAGAGAGCUCAAGCUAGAUUAUGGGUGGAUUACAUUGACAAAAAGGUAUAUCAUGCUUCUAAAAGAGUAUGGACUACAGAUGGAGAUAAAAAAGAGGUGGCAAAGAAGGAGUUCUUUGAGAGCUUAAAGCAAUUGGAGGAGGUUCUUGGAGAUAAGCCAUAUUUUGGGGGUGACACGUUUGGGUUUGUGGAUGUUGCUCUCAUCCCUUUCUAUUGUUGGUUUUAUACUUAUGAGACCUUUGGAGGCUUCAAAGUGGAGGCAGAGUGUCCAAAACUUAUUUCAUGGGCUAAGAGAUGCAUGCAGAAAGAAAGUGUAUCUAAAACUCUAGCAGAUGAGAAGGAAGUGUAUGAGUCUGUUUUAGAUUACAAGAAGAAAUUUGUGCUGAGCUAGUGGACACUGAACACUAGAGUAAACCACAUGGUUCAGGUCAUUGUGCCUGUUUUUUCAAUUGACAAAUUCCUGUUGCUUCAAACUUUGUGAAUUUCCAUUAUGCUUCAUAGACUUUGUGCACA